CAGAAUCAAUCCACUGUCAUAACAAGAUAAAUCAAGGACAUUCAUAUCCUCUUUAUCAGCAAAACAAAAGCGCAGCUAUCUCUUUCGAAAUAAUUAGCUUUCGUCAAACACCAUUGAAAUAUUCAGAAGAAUCACAAGCAAUGGCUUACUUCCCUCGAUUUGCCGGUGACUUCGCACCCUUGUUCCAACUUCUGGACGAUUAUGAUGUCCACCGAUCCAGCCGCCCCAAGAACAGGAAGGCCACACCCGUCCGCUCAUUCACUCCGAAAUUCGAUGUCUAUGAGGUGAAAGACGUAUAUCACUUGGAAGGCGAACUUCCUGGGGCCGAGCCGAGCAACAUCGAAAUCGAAUUCUCCGAUCCACACACUCUUGUCAUCAAAGGUCGCGUGGAGAAGAACGAAGUGGCCACCCCUCAGACAGCGGGUCAAACAUCGCCAACGAAGUCACACCAACCGACAGUUGAGGAUGAUGAUGAAGACGAAGACAACAAAUCAACUAAAUCCUCGGAUAGCCACCCCACACAGCUGGUCUCACAGAAACAAACUGAGCCAAUCUGCAAGUACUGGGUUUCCGAACGCCAGACUGGCGCAUUUUACCGCACAUUCACCUUCCCGACGAGAGUGCAUCAAGAUGCAGUCAAGGCCAACCUGACAAACGGCAUCUUGUCGCUACAAAUUCCAAAGGAGCCUGCCCCUCAAGUCAAGAAAAUCCGCCUCGAGUAGAGCGAUCAAUGACUAUCGUUUCGGAUCUUUCUUAGCAUCGGUUUCCCCCCUGCGACAUUUUCCUCUUCUUGACUUACCUACCAUGGCCAAAUGAUCUUCUGCCAAUUCACGCAACGAUAUGAAUGUUUCUGCACUUGCAUUUUGAUGGGGUUAUGUGGGCCGGGAGUACAUUGAAAUGAUUGUUCAGUUUCUGCAUGUAUCAUAAAUCAUCAUGAGAUGACAAAUAAUGAAUAUAUAAUUUUCUCA